AUGCAGACUGUGUCUCCCGAGAUGCUCCAACUUCUUUCGCAACUUCGUCACAAGUGCGCCAUUGGAUUCGUUGGCGGCUCCGAUCUUGCGAAGCAACAGGAACAACUCGGCACCGCCUCCACGAAAGUUACCUCCCUCUUCGAUUUUUGCUUCGCCGAGAACGGGUUGACCGCGAUUCGUCUGGGCAAGAACCUUGCUAGCAACAGCUUCAUACAAUGGAUCGGAGAGGACAAGUACCAGAAGCUGGUCAACUUCAUUCUCAAGUACCUUGCGAACGUGGAGCUCCCCAAGAAACGCGGCACUUUCAUUGAAUUCCGCAAUGGGAUGAUCAACGUCAGCCCGGUCGGCAGAAAUGCCAGCGUCGAGGAGCGAAACGAAUUCGAAGCGUAUGACAAGCAGCAUAACAUCCGGAGGGACUUUGUGGAAACCCUCAAGAAGGAAUUCCCCGACUAUGGCCUCACUUACUCCAUCGGUGGUCAGAUCUCUUUCGACGUUUUCCCCACUGGCUGGGACAAAACCUAUUGUUUGCAGCAUGUCGAGGCCGAGAAGAACAUCACCGGUGUCGAGUACAAGACGAUCCACUUCUUCGGUGACAAGUCCUUCCCCGGAGGCAACGACUACGAAAUCUACAGUGACCCCCGGACCGUCGGCCAUGCCGUCAAUGGACCCGAAGACACGAUGAAGCAACUGAAGGAGCUGUUCAAUCUCUAG